UAGUACCAUCCCAAUUUAAAAACCCUCUCUCUCUCUCUCUCUCUCUCUCUACUCUGCUACCACUGUCACUUCUACUCCGGAGUUCACGCACUCCAAUGGCGGAGUACGACCACCCCGCCACCAGCCACCACCACCACCACCACAACUUGAUCCCCAAGGAAACCGCCCUCCAAGCCCUCAACACCAUAAUCCAGCUCCAUUUCGAGAAAACCCUGGAGAAAAAACGAGCUGUCGACCUCCAAAAAAAGGAGCUAUGGAAGCUCUUCCAUCUCUUCUUCCUCUUCCUGGCCCUGGUGUUUUUGGGGCAGACGCAGUCUCCUCGGCUGCAGUGCCGCCAUUGCUGGGUUCCGAUUGGGCUGCUCUCACUGGCCCACCUCAUCUUCUACGUGUCGGUGGCUCAAACCCUCCGCUGCAUCAACGGGUUCAAGUACCAGCGGCGCUGCCACAAGCUAACCCUAGGGCUGGCGACGGAGAGGCUGAGGCAGCUGAAGGUGCGGCUGAGCAGCGGGGGCGUGGUGGAUGAGAUGGGGGAGGAGCUGGAGAUUCAUUAUCAGGAGCCGCCGGAGAGCUAUUUCGGUAAGUUCAAGAGGAAUUGGGCUCUGUAUUUUGGGUUCUUGAUCUUGAUUUACGGGUUCAUGGUCUCCUCCUCUGUUGUUCUUCUCUGUUUCUAGUAGAAAUCAGAUUUGGUAUAUUCUUUUUUUUUUUUUUUCAAAUUCUUGGUGGGUUUGUAGUGGAUCUUUUGAUUUGUUCAUGAUUUUCGUGCUUUUACGGUGAUGGGUUCUUCAUUUUUUGAAGAAAAUAUUUUUAUUUUAA